AUGACCGAAGAAGAAAAUGGUGAUCGUUUACCUUAUCUGCAAAUUCCUAUAGCCUUGACUAAGGAUCAACUUGACAAAAUGGAAGAUAGAAUUCUUUAUCGUCAAGUCAAAUCGGUUAAAGCGGGACAAAUUGAACGCUUCAAAAUAAACUUCACUCCACGACUAGAUGGUGAUUCAGUUGCAAUUCCACCAACAUUGUGGGUCAAGGUAAGAAAUAGAGAACCAGUACCGAAACGAGCGGUGUUUUUAGCUGGUCCUUAUAUUUUGUAUGUUGAUUGUCGUCUGACUGAUUACAAUCCUAAUCAAAAAUGUUUCAUAACUGCUGAUCAGCCAGUGUAUGAACCACAACUACUCCCUGGUCAAUCCUUUUACAUCCAAUUGUCAUGCCAUACCCUUAAACCGGAUUAUUCCUGGAAUAUUGAUGUUAUCUCUCAGAUAAUCUUCAAUAAUACAAUUUCAAUUGAUUUUGAAAUAAUUAUAGGAACCUCAAAACAAAUCUUGCAUGAAGCAUCUUAUCCUGAACGACAUAUUACCAAUAGCGACAAAACAGGCAAUUUUUCACCCUAUUUAAAUAUAGAUCAUUGGGAUACAUUCGACCUUUGGAAUUUGCCUGUUCCUAAACAAGAUAGGCCAAUUCACUUGGUGAUUUUAACUCACGGUCUUCACUCAAAUGCUAGCGUUGACAUGUUAUUUUUAAAAGAACGUAUUGAUGCAGGUGCGGAUCCAAAUUCAAAUAUAGUGGUUAAGGCAUUUUUCGGAAAUAUUGGUAAAACAGAACGUGGUGUGAAAUAUCUUGGAAGUAGAGUGGCAGAAUAUAUUAUUGAAUUAAUUACUGCAAAUGAAACCUUCAAUAAUGGUAAAGUGGAUAAAAUAUCCUUUAUUGGUCAUUCCCUUGGUGGAUGUGUUCAAACAUUUGCAAUUGCAUAUUUAAAAGUUAAUUUCCCCUGGUUUUUCGAACAAAUAAAACCGAUAAACUUUGUCACUUUGGCAUCACCUUUGUUAGGUGUGGCUAAUGAAAACCCAGCAUAUGUGAAUCUUGUACUACUGGCCGGUUUUGUUGGUAAAACAGGUCAAGAAUUGGGGUUGAAGUAUUUUGAAAAAGACUCAAAACCAUUAUUGUUAUUAUUACCUGCUGGUCCUACGCAUACUGUUUUGAAAAGUUUUAAAAGAAGAACCGUCUAUGCCAAUGCAAUCAAUGAUGGUAUUGUACCUUUACGUACUUCAUCCUUACUUUAUUUGGAUUAUAAAACAAUUUCCCAUAUAAUUAAUAGUGAGAAGGAAAAAGUGGCUGUAUCUGAAGGAGGUGGUAGAAAGAUUAUGAAAAAUAUUGAUAUUCUGUCUGUUCAAACCAUGCUAUCCUAUUUCAUGCCACAAAGAGAAAGUGUCUAUCAUAAAUUUCAAACUAGUGAUGAAGUCGCUGGUGAAGUUACUGAUAGUGGUGUUGAUGAUUCCAUUACUAGUGAUGAAAAUAAUGAUGAAAUAGGCGAGAUUCCUCCUACAACAUUUAUGGAUUCUGCUGCAUCUGUAUUGCUUCCUCCUUUACCACCAGCAAAGUAUAUUAUAGAUCCAGACUCUCGUGAAAACCCUAUUAUUCAUGAUAAAGUAUAUUAUAAAAAGGAUAUACCAAGACCGAAACUGCCAGCAACUUCCAUAGAAAUGGCUGAGGAAGAUAGUUAUUCUGGGAUAAUUAAAAAGAAAAUUUUAUCAGACUAUUCAAAAUUUGAAGAAGCAAUUGCUCAGGAGUAUCAUAGAGAUAUGGGAUGGAGGAAAGUUAUAGUGAAAUUAAAACCGGAUGCUCAUAAUAAUAUGUUUGUUCGCAGGAGGUUUGCGAAUGCAUAUGGAUGGCCAGUCAUCCAACACUUAGUUGAUAACCAUUUUGGUCCUAAUCGUACUCCUGAUAUGAAUAUUGUCAGUGGAAACUCUGUUUCCAGUUCUGACGAAUUAGCAAGUGAAGAUUUAACAAGAAUUGUUUCACGAGAUUUGAUUACUAGACAAAAUAUUGAAAUUGAUGAAUCUGUAACUGAAGAAGAACAUGCGUGGAUUAAUUCAAAAGAUAAUAGUGAAUCGUUAUUUGCUGUUGGGGUUACUGGAUUAUUGGGCGAAGUUACAGAAAUGAUGGGUGAUUUUAGAGAACAAAUUUAUAAAUUGGGUUUGAAUCCUUCAUUUGCACAAUUGCUGCAGGCUAUUAGUAUUGUACCACCGACUGCCAAUGCAAAUCAAACGACUGUGAAUAAUGAAUCACAAUCAGACGUUGAAAUUAGUGAAUCAGGAGACUUGGGGGUUAAACAGGGAAUUAUGGGGGAUUUCAUCUAA